AUGAGUGCUGAACGAAAGAAUAGGGUGGAGAAGGGGAAGCAAGAUUCGGAAAAUCAUAGAGGUCGUUCUUCCUCACCAUCACUUUUUUUCUCUAGAUCCUCCUCCUCAAAUCUACUGAAGUUGAGAAGAGCGCAUUCUCCCGUCAAAGAGGCAAGAAAAUCCACGCAAUGCAGCAACAAUCUCGAUACCCAAAUUUGCACCGAUGAGUGCCCUAGCAGCCAAGGAACGCCAAAACAACCCCAAGUUCUACAAGCCAGUAGUCACAACAGUAAAAUGAUGGUGGAGGUUUUACCGUCUUUUGAACUUUACAACACGUUGCACAGGCACAUUCCUCAAGGUAAUGUCAAUCCCGAUAUGAUGGAUUUCCCGCCUACGUACCAGGCGGUUCAAUCUCAAGCGCCUGCUUUUGCUAAUGAAAGUAGCGAACACGUACGUGACUCAUCUACAACUUCUCUUCAAUCUCUGAAUACAGUCGAAUCGAGGUCUGGCCACCAAAUCCUUACUCUGGAGGCGCUUGGCACUAUGCAUGAGCCCAUUCAGGACGAUCUGAGUGAAUCCGAUAAUAUCAACAUUGACAAGAUUUAUUCCUUACCUAAACUAAAAACUCCGAUCGAAAUUGACAUACAUGUUACGAAAGAUCCCGCUGGAGUGGACAAGAAAGCUGAGGACGAAUCGAUACUUCGAGAAUACACAUCUGGGGACAUUAUACAUGGCUAUGUGAUUAUAGAAAAUAGGUCACCGCAGCCUCUCAAGUUUGAAAUGUUUUACGUGACGCUCGAGGGUCGCGCGACAGUCAUCGAUCGUGAAGGCGGCAAGCGCACUGUGAAGCGAUUUUUGAGAAUGGUCGAUAUCAGUGCCAGUUGGUCUUACUCCAUGAUCGAUGUGUCUAAUGGUUUGAACUACUCUCCUGGUGCAAGGGAUUUUGAGAACUGCGUUAUGGGACUUAAUAAUAGCAGAGUACUUGAGCCAAACACGAAAUAUAAAAAGUAUUUCAUGUUCAAGCUUCCUAUGCAGCUGUUAGAUGUUUCGUGCAAACAUCAACAGUUUUCCCAUUGUUUGGUGCCUCCCACAUUUGGUAUUGAUUCAACUAAAGAUGGUGGAAGAUAUUCUGGGAUAAAGAUUAACCCCAUGUUAGGGUACGGACACUUGGGAACCAAAGGCUCCCCUAUUUUAACUACCGAUCUGUCAUCAAGCGAAAUAGCAAUCAGCUAUACAAUCGACACGAAAGUUGUUGGUAAAGAUUCCCGGACCAAAAAACUUAAUAUUUUGAGAGAGCGCGAAUACAACCUUAGAUUUGUUCCCUUUGGCUUUUGUCGGCCCUUUACCGGAGAGCGCGAUCCGCUGAAGCAACUGCAAGACAUCAUAAGACUUGUUCAAGAAAGAAUUCGAGCACUAAAGAAGGUAAUGCAUCGGCUAGAGCUGGGUGAGCAGAUCACUAGUGAGGAUUUGCACGAUACAGAUGUUAGCGGAGCUGUGGUUGAUCCUACAGAGGUUGACUCUGAAGAUAUUCUAAGACGCAAAAUCAACCAGCUCUAUAUCAGCAAUCGCAUUGAUCCUGUAUGCUCAUCUUUCCCAGUCAGUCACGCAAAGUUUUCCAAAACUAGUAAGAAGACUAUAGAAACUGAAUUCAAGUACGCUUUGAAGGACAAGCACAAAUCUUCAAAAAAACUUAAAAAGGGCUUCUUCGGCGGUUUGAGCGGGUCUACUAAUGGUUCGACAAGCUCUUCUACUUCCGUCACAAAUAAGUCGGGAAUCAUAGUUCUUUCUUGUGAUAUUCCAAGGGCAGGACUACAGUAUUUGGAACCAUCUUUGUUGAGGAAGACAAACAAAUUGGAAAACAAGGGGGUCCAGAACAAGGAGAAUUGGGAGAAUUUAAUAAAUUCCCUCUCAAGUAAAGAUAGAGACGUCCUGGACCAGGUUACCGUAAACAUGAGGUGCAUUCAGGCUAGCAAUUGCGAACCCCAUGAGCCACCCCAAAUUCAAUCAGUAACUACCGAAUUAAUUUGUAUGACUUUGAAGUCAACUAAUUCUAUUCCUAUGAAAUUAGACGCGGAUAUCGUACUCAAGAAGGAAAGGUUCGCGGAGAUUCAGAGUACAUUUCAAGAAUUUAAAACUGAAGCAGAGAAUUUGCAGCAAAAGUUCAACGAAAAUCGUGACAGACUGAACGAGCUUUUCAAUAAAACCCGAAGGCCGGGAGUUCAUGAAGAGCUGAGGUUCACCGACUUCUUGUCGGAGCAAAUUAUUACUGAUAUUGAAAGUAUAGCCAAUCUGCGCAGCGAAGUUCAAACCUUACCUCACAUAUUCAAAAAACAAUCACACACCCUGGAAAAUGAAGACGAUCUGCUAGAUUGUUUACCAAGCAAGAGUCCCAGCAAGAGUCCCAGCACGACAAGUAUUCUCUCCUCUACCUUUAGUGGAUCGUCCUCCGGCACUCAUCACGCAUCAACUGCGGAAAGACUUAGAAGACAAUUAUUUCACGAGUGGAUUAAAAGUAAUAAUCAAGAGUACGACAGGGCAGUUACCGUUAAUCUCGAAUUCGGUGACGACUCGAAAGAGACGUUGAUACCCACCUUCGAGAGUUGUCUGAUUUCGCGUUUGUAUUGUGUUCGUGUGAACAUCAAAUUCGAAGGCCAAUCUCAUACUGCAACCAUUGAUAUCCCUGUCCAAAUAAGAAGACUUGAAUCCUAG